GAGCAGAGAGUGUCUUUGGGGUGGAGGCUCCCAGGAAGAGGCGGCGCGGGCUGCGGUGCUGGGCGGAUCCUCCUCCAGCUCCUGCUUAGAGGUCUCCAGAACAGGCUGGAGGCAGGGAGGGGAUCCCAAAAGCCUGGGGAUCAGAAGGGGUUUUCCCGCCUGGCCCCCCAGGCCCCCGUUCGCCUCAGGAAGACGGAGGAUGAGCCCCUGGGCUGCUGGUGGGCGGUGCGGGUGGGGCCGGUUAAGGUUCCCAGUGCCCGCGCCCGCCCAGGAGCCCCGGAUGGCGGCGUCACUGUCAGUGUCUUCUCAGGAGGCCGCCCGUGUGAUCGGAUCCUUCGUGUCCCCACAGCACGUUUCUUGGAGCAGGCUAAACGUGAGUGUCAUUUCUUCAACGGGACGGAGCGGGUGCGGUUCCUCGACAGAUACUUCCAUAACCAGGAGGAGUACGCGCGCUUCGACAGCGACGUGGGGGAGUUCCGGGCGGUGACGGAGCUGGGGCGGCGUAGCGCGGAGUACUUCAACAGCCAGAAGGAUUUUCUGGAGCAGGCGCGGACCGCGGUGGACAAUUACUGCAGAUACAACUACGGGGUUGGUGAGAGCUUCACAGUGCAGCGGCGAGUCCAACCUAAGGUGACUGUGUAUCCUGCAAAGACCCAGCCCCUGCAGCACCACAACCUCCUGGUCUGCUCUGUGAGUGGUUUCUAUCCAGGCAGCAUUGAAGUCAGGUGGUUCCGGAACGGCCAGGAAGAGAAGGCUGGGGUGGUGUCCACAGGCCUGAUCCAGAAUGGAGACUGGACCUUCCAGACCCUGGUGAUGCUGGAAACAGUCCCUCGGAGUGGAGAGGUUUACACCUGCCAAGUGGAGCACCCAAGCGUGACCAGCCCUCUCACAGUGGAAUGGAGAGCACGGUCUGAAUCUGCACAGAGCAAGAUGCUGAGUGGAGUCGGGGGCUUUGUGCUGGGCCUGCUCUUCCUUGGGGCCGGGCUGUUCAUCUACUUCAGGAAUCAGAAAGGACACGCUGGACUUCAGCCAACAGGACUCCUGAGCUGAAGUGCAGGUGACCACAUUCAAGGAAGAACCUUCUGCCCCAGCUUUGCAGGAUGAAAAGCUUUCCCGCCUGGCGGUUACUCUUCCAUGAGAGAGAGCUUUCUCGGGACCUGGUUGCUACUGGUUCAGCAACUGCAGAAAACGUCCUCCCUUGUGGCUUCCUCAGCUCCUGCUCUUGGCCUUAAGUCCAGCAAUGAUGGCAGCGCCUCAUCUUCAACUUUUGUGCUCCCCUUUACUUAAACCCUAUGGCCUCCUGUGCAUCUGUAUACUCACCCUGUACCACAAACACAUUACAUUAUUAAAUAUUUCUCAAAGAUGGAGUUAAAUAUCAUCUGGUC